ACACAUCACUAUUGCUGUUGUUGUUGUAGAAACAUGGCGUCCCGGUGCAGCCUCUCUGCCUUAUUCUCCACCCAAAGCGAGCUGGACUGUGCCCUGGAUGAAGCCACGACACGGCAAGAGAGAGAAAAACUCGUCUACGAGUAUUUGGAAAAGCUAGACGGCAGGGAGGAUCUGAAGAUACCCGAUUUCCAGACAGGCUUGGAAUGGCUGAACACGGAGCGGCCCCUGUCUUUGAACAAGGAGCUGGCUGGCAAAGUGGUGCUGCUGGACUUCUUUACUUACUGCUGCAUCAACUGCAUGCACAUCCUGCCCGACCUGCACCAGCUAGAGAAGAAGCACUCUGUCAAAGAUGGACUGGUUGUUGUUGGUGUACACUCAGCUAAAUUCCCCAAUGAAAAGGUCGUGGACAACAUCCGCAGUGCCGUGCUCCGCUAUGACAUCUGCCACCCAGUGGUGAACGAUAGCGAGGCAUGCCUUUGGCAUGAGCUGGAGGUCUCCUGCUGGCCCACGCUCGUCUUACUGGGCCCACGUGGCAACCUGCUCUUCUCCCUGGUGGGCGAAGGCCACCACGACAAGCUGAUGCUUUUUACCGACAGCGCCCUCCGUUACUAUGGGGAGCAGGGUCUGCUGAAGUCGCACACAGUGGGGGUCAAGCUGUACCGAGACUCCCUGCCACCCAGCGCUCUGUCUUUUCCAGGAAAAGUGGCUGUAGACGACAGCAAGAAAAGACUGGUCAUAGCAGACACCGGGCAUCAUCGAAUUCUAGUGGUGUCCACGACUGGGCAGCUGUUACAUGUCAUAGGAGGGCCUGAAAGCGGGAGACAAGAUGGCGACUUGUCUGAAGCUUCCUUUAACUCCCCUCAGGGUGUGGCCGUCAAAGGGGAAAUUGUAUACGUGGCCGACACAGAAAACCACCUGAUCCGAAAGAUUGACCUGUUAGAGGAAAGAGUCAGCACUCUUGCUGGUGUGGGCACACAGGGCACAGACCAAGACGGAGGAGCCACUGGGCCUCAGCAGCCUAUCAGUUCACCUUGGGAUGUGACUCUUGGCACUGCUGGCGGUGUUGAAGAUAAUGUGCUGUGGAUAGCCAUGGCGGGGACCCACCAGAUCUGGGCUUUAUUCCUAGCAGAUGGGAAACUUCCCAAAGCAAGUGAAUCCAAGGAAGGGACGUGCGUGCGAUGGGCAGGCAGCGGCAACGAAGAGAACCGAAACAACUCCUACCCCCACAAGGCCGGCUUUGCUCAGCCUUCAGGCCUGGCUUUAGCCCCGGAGGAGCCCUGGAGCUGCCUGUAUGUGGCCGACAGUGAAAGCAGCACCAUCCGGACGCUGGCACUGAAGGACGGAGCUGUCAAGGUGCUGGUCGGGGGAGAAAGAGACCCCAUGAACCUUUUCGCUUUCGGGGAUGUAGAUGGAAAAGGGGUUGACGCCAAGCUGCAGCAUCCUCUCGGCGUUGCCUGGGCUCCUGAACAAAGCCUGCUUUAUGUGGCCGACUCCUACAACCACAAGAUCAAGGUGGUGGAUCCAAAGACAAAGCAAUGUAGCACGUUAGCAGGGACCAGAGAUGCUGGAGAUACUCUGGGCCCUGAAUUUGACAAAUCCUGCUUCAGUGAACCUGGAGGAAUCUGUGUUGGCGACGGCGGCAAGCUUCUCUACUUGGCUGACACAAACAACCACCAAGUCAAAGUGCUGGACCUGGCCACCAAGACUGUCUCACUGUUCCCCAUCUCCAUGGACUGCACAGACUCAGUACCUUCACAACCUUCGGGUCCUGCCAAAGCCCCCAAGUUGCCUAAAUCAGCUGCCAAGAACGAAAUGCCACCGGUGGCGGUAUCUGCGGGCCAGACUCUCAACAUGUCGCUCACCCUGUCACUUCCAGAAGGAACCAAACUUACUGAAGAGGCGCCCAGUUGCUGGGCUCUCUCAGCUGAAGGUUCCGAAUGGCUGCUAGAAAGUCCGGCGGUUACCGGUGACAUUGUGGAUCUGUCGAAGCCGAUCUCCAUCUCAACCAAACUCCCAGCUGUUAUGAAGGACUCAGACAACAAUCCAAUCCUCACUUUGGGUGUAUGGGUGUACUACUGUAUGGAAACAGGUAAAGCCUGUAUGAUGAAAGCAGCCUCUUUCACCCAACCUCUUCAAAUAAGUGCCAGUCAAGGAGAGGCGGAGGUCACUGUGGCGUUGGCUCAUGCCUUCUAAAAACCUCUUACCGGUCUUAUGGGUUUAAUAUUUGGUGUGGGGGGGGGUUUAAAAAGUCAGUUUUACUUUUCAGUUCAGCUCCUGCUCUGCUUGUAGUUCUGGAAGAAGAAAGCACAGAUUGUUUCUGACGGUCACUUUUAACAAAAAUGCAAUUCAGACAAACCUGAUUUUCAGGGGAAUUUCAUUUCAAACUACUCAGAGGGUUCCUCUAAUGCAUCAGUGCUGUAAUGUCCUUGACUGUGUGUGACAGUUAUUAAUGGGAAUGCAAAUGGUUAUAUCCCCAGGCAACUUAUAAAGCCUGCAACCUUAAACUUAAACUUAAAUAUAUAUGUAGAUAUAUAUGAUAGCGUUUUCAUGCACAACAAAGUCUAACAACAAACAGAAAUUCUGGAUUUAAUGAGAACUAACUAAUCUGAGGAUUUGAAAUACUUAAAACCUCCAGUCAGCUUCAUAUUUUCACCUCAGAUGUCUUGAACAGUUUCCUCCUCCGCACACAUAACUUCCAGGAAGUAAAUUAUGGAUCAGUUUCAGCUUUUGAAAGAUUAGCCGAAGUCGUCUGUUUGUGUUCGAAACCAUUUCUCAUGAGAAUAAACGGAGCUUUUUCUUUCAGUCCCGCGGGUACUUACAGAGUUAGAAUUACGAAGAAGGAAAAAAAAGGGACGUUUAAAUGGAGCUGAUAUGUGAUUCUGACCAGGAGAAAGAAUGUUUCACUCCAGGCUUUUGUUCGCACAUGCAUUACUUUUUUAUAAUAAUAAUUAUUAUAGCUUUUGAACACUAAGAUCGGGUUACAACAGUUCGAAAAUAUGAUAUUGAAAUUCACUUUAAUGGGGAUGAUUAGGAAAAGGGAAAAGGACUGAAACCUCUUAUAACUUAUCUAUGCACAGAGUUAUAUUAAUAUAUUUUAAAUGUCUCACUCCAGAGUGUUAAGUCACAUGCUCACUGUGUACUUUUCAGAAUAUUGUAUCGCCAUCUAUACGUACGGUCGCUUUAGUUUACGGUCAGCCAGCACGGACAGUGCCUAGCGGCGCACUAAUUAAGCUUCCAUAAAUAUUUGUCUACACGUGCCACCACAGGCCGAGCGCUCUCAAGUUGUUUACAAAGCUCACGGUUUCUAAAAGGUUACGCUGUGUCUCAGUUCCCUGUCAGACUGAUUAAUAUUUGAUUAUGAUUAUUAAUGAACCCUUUUGAUUUACACCAUGAAAUAUCGCUCUUGUCUAAGACAUGAAUAAAGUGCCUGUUUUGUUUUUUUUUCAAACUACUGAUGACACCAACCUUAUUAAAAUCUCUCUAAGUAUAUCAAGUAUAGACUUCAUCUCUAGAUGAAGAGGUGUUCUAAUUUGUAAUAUAAUAUGAUAAUGUGGACGUUUUCAUUUUCCCUUAUUGUUUUU